AUGGAGGAUGCACAGCAAUUCCGCGCGCCCGCAAUGAAGGUCGGCGGUCGACGCAUGUCCGUGACAACCAGGCCAAAGCAUCCUCCCCAUGCAGAGCCUAAGCCGCCCAGUCCCACCAAUGAGCCGGUUGACUACCCGCGCCCGGCCCCUCCUGGCGAGCAGGCACCAGAGCACGCCCCUCAUGAGGAAGAACACAUGAAGAAAGAGAAGAAGAAGGGAAGCACCGAGCACGAUAAGAGGUUCCAGGAGAAUCUGUAUCAGAGGGCUGAGCAUAACAGACCAUCCAAGGAUGUCCACGGCGCGAAGAACAUCAAUGCAAUCGGCGCUGGAGGCCGAAUUGGACAGCCCGCUGGACGAAGCUUGUUGGCCUGA